AUGACCGCGAACAAAUCCUUCCCCACGGAGCUAGCUCACACUCUCAAAACACACAAUGGUCCCGUAAACGCCAUCACCUUCUCCAGCUAUCCUGGAACAUACGUCCUCACCGGCUCCUCCGACCGCGCCAUCCACCUUACCCGGGCCCUUCCCAACAGCAACAGCAAGACGACGGGUCCUGUCGAAACCACAUCCCCGAUCCAGAAAUACGAAGCGCACGGAUAUUCGGUUCUCGACGUCGCGGUAGCAUCAGAUAACGCGCGAUUCGCGAGCGUCGGCGGCGAUCGGCAGGUUUUUCUCUGGGAUGUUGAGCAAGGCGGCACGACGAGACGGUGGAGUGGACAUGGGGCGAGAGUCGAGGCAGUGCAGUUCGCGGGGGAGGGGGAUUCGGUAGUUGUUUCUGGAAGCGCCGACACAACCAUCAACCUCUGGGACGCGCGCUCCAACAACUACAAGCCGAUCCAGACCCUCCUAGAAGCCGGAGACACCGUAUCGUCGCUACACGUGCACAUGCCGACAUAUUCGAUCGCCAGCGGGAGCUACGACGGACGGGCGCGCAUCUACGAUAUCCGAAUGGGACGGGCGUCGGAAGACGUGUUCGCGCACCCGGUGACAAGCGUGCGGUGCUCAGCGGACGGAAAUGCGCUGUUAGUGUCGACGCUGGAUAGCCGAGUCAGAAUGAUGGAUCGGGCAGAUGGGAAGUUGUUGAAGGCGUUUGGUCAGGAGGGGCAGGGGUAUCGGAAUAGCGAGCUGAGGAUUCGGUCGGUGUUUGCGAGGGGGGACGCCGUUGUUCUGAGUGGGAGUGAAGCUGAUCCGACGGACAAGGGAGCCGAGGCGUAUGUGUUUGCAUGGGAUGUGUUGAGUGGAGAGGUCGUUGCGAAGGUUACGGCUGGGAGGGGAGUCAGGGUGGUGAGUUGCGUGGCGUGGAAUGAGAAGGGGGGAUCUUGGGCGGGAGGAUGUUCGGAUGGAUCCGUCAAGGUAUAUCAGUGA